AUGAACAUGUAUAGUGCAUCUCUUGCCUCUCUGAUCCUAUCUCUGGCAAUCCUCGUCUUCACUGACAAAGUGUAUGUCUCGUCUUCGCUAUUCCUGCCUCAUCUGCUACUUAUAUACGUUCAUAGUAGUGGUUGAAUUGUGUAAUGUUAGACUAGUGGAAUAAAUUCAUGCAGAUAUCUAUUGCAUUCUUUCCGAGAAAUCGAACACAAAUUUACGUAUAAGAUGUUGAAAAAUAUGAAAUAAAUGUUGCGGGCAAUGAAGUCCUUCAUAAUUCUAUUGCUCUGGUUUGCAGGCGAGCAGUGGGAAUAUGUGACUGGGACCAGCGGACGUACACUACGCUCGAGGGUAAAGCCGAAUUCAUGACUGUGCGCAGUGGGAGGUACUCGGUAAGCUGCCAUUUCUGUUAUUCCAACAACCCUAAUUGUGUCAUUUUUAUCGGUGUUUAUUGUUGACCUGCAACAUUAAACUUUACCAUUUUUAUCUUCUUGACAGACCGGAUACAUUGGCAAAGUUCCGUUUGUCUCCAAGCGACUCAGCCAGACCACUUGUUACCUCGGUGAUGUGGCAUUUAGAUGUGUGUACGCUAACAGUAAGUCGCAUGAAAAUGACUGCUAGUGUUAGUGCAGGAAAAUAUUGUUAGGCAACAGUUAAAAAAGGAAGAUAAACCGCGAUAUUUAUAAAUUUUCCUUCUAACCCCUAGAUGGCAGCAUUUUGGGAACGCAUAUAGUGGUGCCCAACAUCACCAAUGUGGACAGGAUAUACAUUGCCAGCACCUAUCCUGUCACAGUCCAUAGGAUCGAAAAGCACGUUCGGGACAAGUCCUCCAAAGGUUCGUCCAUCAGUGCCUCAUUUCUUCGUUCAAGUCUAAGUUAUCAGUAGCAUUCUUAUUCACAUUCCUGCUCUUCAUACAUAAGUCUCCCGCCAAUGUCCUGUCCUCUUCACUGAGACUGAUGUAUUUGAACUACCGACAUUUUAGAUCGUUUUAUCGUCGAAGAAAAUAUGCACCUGACCAAAUGCCCCGAAUAUAUGCAAACGAAGCUGGUUUGGAAAUUCCCCGGAAGUGUGGCUGACAGGACAGAUGUAAGUGAUUGUCUGUCUACCACAACAAUAUCCGUUCCCUGAGACAGUCAGGUUGCCAAAAUGAACUAAGUAGUCGUUUCUUUUCUUAUCAGUUUGAAUGUUUUCGAGACGGCAGUAGACUAUGCAGAGGAACCACGACAACAAUGGAGGCUGGCAAAUGUGGUGAGUUGAGGGGAAUUCACUACGCAGUGCGCAUACCUAACCUCCGUCUUCUCUGAUUUUUGAGUGACAUCUGCUUUAACCCAUAUACCGAUGUGUUCAAUUGUCAGCGCGUGUUGCCCUAUUCGACUAACAUAUGUCUUAUUUGAUUAUCUGUAGAGGUGACCGUUGAUGGUGGCAAUCUGAUUCAUACUCGGACCGUGAAUGGAACCAAAAAUGUCCUCGAAUUUUUCUACUGCCACCUCAGUCCGUCAACGCCGCAGCAUGCACUGACCUACAACAUAGAUUGGCGAGGUGAGUAUUUGCCAGAAUCGUUUCAUCAACUGACGAGGCCAUUGUAUAUGAUCGGGAUAUGAUUGCUUCCCACAACUAUCUACUAUAUUUAUCUAAGUAGGCGUUGUUCGGCACACUUUUUGAUCGGGAGCCAGUCAUGCUAUAGCCCGACAGGAUGACACUAGCACUUCAUGUAUGAAUUUGCAGUCCUGCCGACCAUAAUCAAAGGUGUGAUGUUUCAGCCCGUCCCGUGUCGUUCUUCGGUGCUGAAAAUUACACAUGUUUUAUUUGAAAAAGAAAUCCGUCACACGACUGAAGUACUUACUGGUUUAUACCUUGUAUUCUUUCAAUUUCAGCUUCGAAGCCGAUUCCGCCUGAGGGAAUACCGACAGACGCUCCAGGUAAUUUACAACAUUGUGACAUGAGGAUUGUGAAAUUGUUCGGGAAGUAUAGGCUUUUUUCCGAUUUUGACGUCUGUCCUGCACGUUGUACGUAACUGUGCCAAAUAUCAGAUCGCGUCCAUUUCUAACAAACCAUCGAUGAUCGAGAUGGUUAGCGAAAGCCCACACACUUUACGGGGGGAGGGGGGAGAGCGUAAUCGGCGAACUAAAACCCCUCAAAAGCGUUUUAUUAAUUUCAUCGCAUUGUUCUUUUUUCCACUCAAUUCCCACAGUCACUGAACGACGACAUGCAAUGCACACAACGUCCGCUGCCAAACACCUGACAGGUAAUGAUACAUUUCAGCGUGUUGGGAAAAAUCAUUUAGUGGAAAUUAAUCGGUUUCCAAUUCUCUCUUUCCGCCUCUGCUAACCUGUCAAAUUUAUCGUUGCCAAUGCCUUCGUUUACAAUUUUAGAUAGUGCUUAUGAGUCCAUUGAACACCUAUUUCUGCUCUGUGUCAACAUGAAUUAUAUGUGAGCUUUUAUACUCUUGUCCUUUUCAGCGUCAAGUCUGGGAGCCUUGGUUGUGCUAUCCACAGUUUUGGCGGGGCAACGCUGA